AGUCAUAAAAUGGGGCAAAACUUACUUAACAAAUUUCUCAUUUAUCAGCAUACGUUUUGGGCUCAGUCGUGGUCAUAGAUCAAGGACUACCUGUACUUGUAUUUCUCCAUGCCAAUCUGCUGCUGGGAGGAAGACAUCUUGACAGCAAGCUUCUUUCUAUAAUAUUGUAUUAUUUGUAGAGGAAAGGUCUUGUUUUUUCAUUUAUCUUAACUGGGAAUGUGAUCACAUGAUCUUCUAUAGAAGAAAUUCUUUCCCUUUUAAUUCCAUAGAAGGCAAUCAGAAGAAAGUUUUUUCCCCUUUUUUCUUCUUUAUGUGAAUUAAGAAAGUGGUAGAAAAAGGUGGGGAGUUGAUAGCAUAUUCUGUACAUUCAUAGUUUGCUAAGCUAGAAUGCCGCAAGGCUGUCAGAGUUGGUAAUACUUCAUCUAUCUCCUUAGUCACUGCUUGGAAAAGUCUACCUAUGUAUGCAAAGGAGCCUACCUCAGCCAGAUGCAUGGGCAGCCCCCAGAAUUGGUCAUUUGGAUUGAUAAUUACAGGAAUUGUCCCACACAGCUGUACUUCCAAUGUGUCUGGAGGUCGGGAAAGACUAGUAUAAUACUAGUAUAAUAACCAGGCACCAAAGCUAUAAUCAUUCUUCUUCUACCUAUCCUCUUGGCUAAGAUGUCGCUAUGUCAUAAAAGCCAUCCUCUGUUAAAUAAUGGAGAAUGUUGUUUUACUUGCCCCAUCUCUUAUUCCAUAUGAAAUGACAGCUGGACUGAGUGGGCGCAAUGUGGAAAUUAAUGUGUGGAAAGACAUAGUGACUCACUGGAGACUGUUUAAAAUCAAGCCUUCUCCUGCAGCGUUUUAGCACAUGGCUUCUCUUCAGUUCCCUCAGACAGAGCAAGGGGCCAUCUGUGGGAGGGAAUGGGUAGGAGAAGAGGGCUGAGAACUGAGGCAGAACGUUCAGCAUAUUAAAAUGAAAAUGGAUUCAUCUGAGAAGAGAAAAUCUGUAUUUGCAUUUCUAGCCAAUAUUAAUUUCAGGUUGAUAAUUUCUAACAAGCAGAUUCCCUUUGUGAUAGUCACAAUCCAUUUCUAUGUGUAACACACACAUAUUUUAAUAAUGGAUUUUGGAGGGGGGGGGAAGUAUACUAAUGCCAUUGUGAAUUAUGUGUCUUUGAUCUUUAAGUAGAAACUAACUGUUGUUCUUUAUUCUGAAAUAAAUGCACGGCUUUAGAACGAUGUUUGUUCUUGGAUUUGUUGGUGCAUUUAUAGAAGAAGUAGUGGCUGGGUUUCAUUCCAAGACUUACAGUCAAACCUUUUGUGAGCUUGCUCAGAAGUGAAUCUGGUGGAGUAUAAAAUCUUAUCAAGCUUCAUUUCACUACAAGAGUUGUGGCUGAAUCCCAAAUUGAAAUUCCAAUUAAACAUACAUAACACAUAUGUAUUUAUAGCUUGGAUUUGCCUGAAAACAGUUCUACCACAUAGCUGAGACAGCAGUCAGGAGACAUGGUUUGUGUUGAAGACUCGCUUCAUUCUUCCUCAUUGCCAAGUCUUCUUCCAGCAGUUCAAAAUAGCCAAAGAAGGCAUGUUCUAAAAUAAAUCAAAGUGAAGCAGUGUAGCUGUUUUGCUCUUAGAAAUUGGCAUUAGUGUUGGGGACUAUUAUUAGAUUAUGACUCAGAAAUGCUUCAUUUUCACAAUGGUAUCAAAGCUCCAUAUACGUGUGGUAUGUUCAGUUUCCCAGUAGGCAUUAGUUUGAUGAGGCUACAUAAAAAACAUAACUGCUUUGAAGUGAAUACUGUGGAGACUGUGAAAUACUUUCAGAUAACUUUCUUCAUGAGCAUUUUGAAAUGAUGCCCUUAAAUAAUCUUUAUAAAAGGUAUUUCCAAGCCAGCAGAAAUGGAACCACUGAAUGGAACAGAUGGCCAGCCAGAAGGACAAAGCAAGACAGAACCACUUCUGAAAAGUGUUGAAGUGUCUCCAUACCAUCGCUGGGUGACCUGGUGGAAUGGGAUGACAACAGACGGAAAUCUGUAUCUCUUUAUCCUCUCACUGUUAUUGGUUUUCUUCUUUAUGUUUUGGUGUGGUGGAUGUGAGACCAUCCCAGCAAUUCAUGAUAUUUUGGCUGUCUUGUCCAACCAGUUUCAUCCAUCACAACAGUUGGAGUCAAAUUCUAACACGAAUCUGAUCAGGGAUGAAGGCAUCACAGUGUCUUACCUCCUGCUGUCUCUGUUCUUCCUUGGCUUGCUACUCAUAGCAACAUUGGUUUGGCAUCUUGCGAAGGCUCCUCCAGAACCCCAAUUUCCCUUCCAAGAGGACAGGCGACAGUCUGUAAGCCGUCAACCAUCGUUCACUUACUCUGAAUGGACGGAAGACAAAAACGAUGAUGACUUCCUUGAUUUAGAUCCUGUACCAGAGUCACCUGUUUUCGACUGUGUGAUGGAUAUAAAAGCAGAAACAGAUCCAACAACUCUUACAGUUAAAUCUGUAGGGCUGCAGGAAAGGCGAGGUUCAAAUGUUUCGCUCACGUUGGACAUGUGUACUCCUGGCUGUACUGAACAAGGGUUUGGCUAUAUCAUGUCUCCCAGGGAACAGUCAACUCAAGAAUACCUCCAGACAGCGUCAAACAUUCUCUCAGAAGAGGAACUGCACGAGAAAGCUUUAGAUUCUUUUGCGCUUCAGACAGAAUUUUUUGAAAUCCCAAUGAACUUUAUUGAUCCAAAGGAAUAUGACAUUCCAGGUUUAGUCCGAAAGAAUCGCUACAAAACAAUUCUCCCAAAUCGUCACAGCAGAGUGUGCCUUACCUCAGAUGAUCAAGAUGAUCCCCUUAGCUCUUACAUUAAUGCUAAUUACAUCAGGGGCUAUAGAGGAGAAGAAAAAGCGUACAUUGCUACUCAGGGACCCAUAGUUAAUACUGUCAGUGAUUUCUGGAGAAUGGUAUGGCAGGAGCAUUCUCCAAUCAUUGUCAUGAUUACCAAUAUAGAAGAGAUGAAUGAGAAAUGUACAGAGUACUGGCCAGAAGAGCAAAUUACCUAUGAAGGAAUUGAAAUUACAGUUAACAGAGUCAUACAAGCAGAUGAUUAUCGGUUAAGGCUUAUUACCCUAAAGAAUGGCGAAGAAACAAGAAAACUGAAGCACUACUGGUAUACAUCUUGGCCAGACCAGAAGACCCCGGGUCACGCACCACCCCUGCUCCAACUGGUUCAAGAAGUGGAAGAAGCCAUGCAUUGUGCCGAAGAAAAGAAUGCCCCAAUCAUUGUUCAUUGCAGUGCAGGGAUUGGGAGAACAGGUUGUUUUAUUGCUACCAGCAUUUGCUGCCAACAGUGGAAAAAUGAGGGUGUGGUUGACAUACUCAGAACAACAUGCCAACUGCGGUUAGACAGGGGAGGAAUGAUCCAGACUUGUGAACAAUAUCAGUUUGUCCAUCAUGUCAUGAGCUUGUAUGAAAAGCAGUUCAGCAGAGCAGCAGCAGAAGAAUGAAGAUUCAGAAUCAUUUAUUAUGAUAAAGAUCAAGGGAACUCUGAUCAGAACCACAUGUAGGACAGAGCUGAGAAGAUUUCAGAAUUUUCAGAGCAGACGAUAUUUAUUUAUACAUAUAAAUAUAUAUAGAUAUAUAUAGUUUUUCUUUCAUAUUGCUUUAUUUUGCAUUCAAGAAUUAAGAUACUGCUUUUCUUCAACAUGUGACAAGGUGUUAUCUUCACUUUAAAAAUAUAAAAGGCCUGUUUAUACUGUAAAUAAAAUCAAUAGCUUCAUUUGUUCCAAAAAAUUUUAAAACAUCUUCAUUUUUGGUACUUAAAAAGACAAAAAAGAAAAAAACAACCAAACCACCUUGCUACUAGAUCCAAAUACAAUGUGAAUCUCUUUGAUAGAUGUCUUGCUAAGUCUGUAAUGUAUGUUUACUAAGCUUGAAAACUAACUUUUCUGCCUUUUUUCUGAAUGAUUGUUUUUACAUUUUAAACUACCGGAUACUGUGUAUAUCAUAAAAUCUUCUGGCCCUCUGCAUUAAAGGAUUCAAGUGAAUUCAUACUGAAAAAAAAAAAAAACAUGUUUUGUGCCUUGUGUAUUUACUUGUUGAAAACACUCAGUCCUACAAAGCAUAGUGACUGUAGUGUCAUUGUAAAACAAAAAUAUAAAAUAAGGAUAGCCAUCUUGGCUAUAAACAAAAUAUCCAUAGAAGGUCAAUGUUUUUCCUUAGGUUAAUGGAAAAGCAGAAAAUAAAGUGCAGGUAUUUGAAAAGCAAGUUAAAACGCAUGUACUUAAACCUUUAAAAUGACAUAUAGCAUCAAUUAGGUGCUAUGAUGGUUGCUGUUGGAAUAAAGAAAUGACCAAACAAUUACUCAAAAA